AUGGUGACUGUCUCUACUCUGGUGCCUGCCUCUACUCUGGUGCCAGCCUCUACUCUGGUGCCAGCCUCUACUCUGGUGCCUGCCUCUACUCUGGUGCCUGUCUCUACUCUGGUGCCUGCCUCUACUCUGGUGCCAGCCUCUACUCUGGUGCCAGCCUCUACUCUGGUGCCAGCCUCUACUCUGGUGCCUGCCUCUACUCUGGUGCCUGUCUCUACUCUGGUGCCUGCCUCUACUCUGGUGCCUGUCUCUACUCUGGUGCCUGUCUCUACUCUGGUACCUGCCUCUACUCUGGUGCCAGCCUCUACUCUGGUGCCUGCCUCUACUCUGGUGCCUGCCUCUACUCUGGUGCUUGCCUCUACUCUGGUGCCAGCCUCUACUCUGGUGCCUGCCUCUACUCUGGUGCCUGCCUCUACUCUGGUGCCAGCCUCUACUCUGGUGCCUGCCUCUACUCUGGUGCCAGCCUCUACUCUGGUGCCUGCCUCUACUCUGGUGCCAGCCUCUACUCUGGUGCCUGCCUCUACUCUGGUGCCUGCCUCUACUCUGGUGCCUGCCUCUACUCUGGUGCCUGCCUCUACUCUGGUGCCUGCCUCUACUCUGGUGCCUGCCUCUACUCUGGUGCCAGCCUCUACUCUGGUGCCUGCCUCUACUCUGGUGCCAGCCUCUACUCUGGUGCCUGCCUCUACUCUGGUGCCAGCCUCUACUCUGGUGCCUGCCUCUACUCUGGUGCCUGCCUCUACUCUGGUGCCAGCCUCUACUCUGGUGCCUGCCUCUACUCUGGUGCCAGCCUCUACUCUGGUGCCUGCCUCUACUCUGGUGCCUGCCUCUACUCUGGUGCCAGCCUCUACUCUGGUGCCUGCCUCUACUCUGGUGCCUGCCUCUACUCUGGUGCCUGACUCUACUCUGGUGCCAGCCUCUACUCUGGUGCCUGCCUCUACUCUGGUGCCUGUCUCUACUCUGGUGCCUGCCUCUACUCUGGUGCCUGCCUCUACUCUGGUGCCUGCCUCUACUCUGGUGCCUGUCUCUACUCUGGUGCCUGUCUCUACUCUGGUGCCUGCCUCUACUCUGGUGCCUGCCUCUACUCUGGUGCCUGCCUCUACUCUGGUGCCAGCCUCUACUCUGGUGCCAGCCUCUACUCUGGUGCCUGCCUCUACUCUGGUGCCUGCCUCUACUCUGGUGCCUGCCUCUACUCUGGUGCCUGCCUCUACUCUGGUGCCUGUCUCUACUCUGGUGCCUGCCUCUACUCUGGUGCCUGUCUCUCCUCUUGUGCCUGCCUCUACUCUGGUGCCUGUCUCUCCUCUGGUGCCUGCCUCUACUCUGGUGCCUGCCUCUACUCUGGUGCCUGCCUCUACUCUGGUGCCUGCCUCUACUCUGGUGCCUGCCUCUACUCUGGUGCCUGCCUCUACUCUGGUGCCUGUCUCUACUCUGGUGCCUGCCUCUACUCUGGUGCCAGCCUCUACUCUGGUGCCUGCCUCUACUCUGGUGCCAGCCUCUACUCUGGUGCCUGUCUCUACUCUGGUGCCUGCCUCUACUCUGGUGCCAGCCUCUACUCUGGUGCCUGCCUCUACUCUGGUGCCUGCCUCUACUCUGGUGCCUGUCUCUACUCUGGUGCCUGCCUCUAGUCUGGUGCCAGCCUCUACUCUGGUGCCAGCCUCUACUCUGGUGCCUGUCUCUACUCUGGUGCCUGCCUCUACUCUGGUGCCAGCCUCUACUCUGGUGCCUGCCUCUACUCUGGUGCCUGCCUCUACUCUGGUGCCUGCCUCUACUCUGGUGCCUGUCUCUACUCUGGUGCCUGCCUCUACUCUGGUGCCUGCCUCUGCCUAUAUUUACAAGAUAAUCUCGUCUUAA